UAAUAAUACAAUGGUAUGAUCCCAGCUUCAGGUACUGCACAAUCUACUUCAGGAGGACAAGUAGAAUACAGAGCUCUGUCUGGAAUUUGCUACAUGGCAUGGUAUCAUUUCGUUGGCCUUAUCUGGACUAGUGAAUUCAUUCUUGCCUGUCAGCAAAUGGUGAUUGCUGGGGCCGUGGUUACUUGUUAUUUCAACAGAAAUAAAAAUAGCCCACCACCUCACCCAGUCCUGUCUUCCAUAUCAGUUCUCUUUUGCCACCAUCUAGGAACUGCUGUCAAGGGCUCAUUUCUAAUCACAGUACUGAGAAUACCAAGGAUUGUUCUUUUGUUCCUUUAUAAUAUCCUAAAACAAAAGAAGAACACAAAGUGCCUGUUCAAGUGCUGUUUCUGCUGGUUUUGCUGCCAUGAAAGUUGCUUAAGACCCUUUAACCAGCAUGCAUACACAACUACGGCCAUAAAUGGGACAAAUUUUUGUACAUCAGCAAAGGAUGCUGACUGUAUUUUGGCAAGGAGUUCUGCUAAACUUGCAUCCAUUAGCUGUUUUGGAGAUUUUCUCCUGUUUCUAGGAAAGGUGUUUGUUGUAUGUUUUACUGUUUUUGGAGGAUUGAUGGCAUUUAACUACCACUGGGAGUUGCAAGCUUGGGUAGUUCCUCUGUUGCUGGUUGGAUUUUUUGCCUACCUGAUGUCCCACAGCUUUCUGUCUGUGUUUGAAGUGACAGAUGCCAUGUUUCUUUGCUUUGCCAUUUAUAUGGAAACAGAUGAUGGAACUGCAGAGAAGCCAUACUUCGUGGAUCAGGAGCUGCUGACCUUUGUGAGUCAGAGUAACAAGUUAACAGAAGGGCGAAAACACAGAAGCACAAGACCUUUCCACAGUAAUGAAGAUGGAACAGAACUCCAACCUAUGACUUGAAUGUGAAGCACAUCAGAAUUACGAAAGCAGAGCAGCAAUAGCAGAAACAGUCAUAGAAGAAAAGUGAAGGUUACCAAUACCCCAGGACAGAGUAUCAGUUCUCUAAAUCUCUGUUGUACUUUCUGCACUGGUAAAAUGACACAGUUUGUUUGUACAAAUAAAGUAUUUUGUGUCAUCACAUCUGAUUUUUAUUACUACACUUGCUAUGAUGGUCUAAAAGUUGUUAAUAAACAAACUCCUUGUAAAUUU